AUGUUUAAAUUGAAAAAUUGGUUAUUUAAUAUUGAUUUAACUUUGAACGCAAUUUAUAUAACUGAAUGUUAUAGAACAAAUAUAGGUGGACCAGGUAGCGGAAUGAUACCAAAGGGAGUUGGUGCUCCUCCGCCACCUGGAAUGGAUAAUCGUCGUGGAAAAUUGAUGUGUAUCAAAGUUCGCAUGCUUGACGAUUCUGUUGGUGUAUUUCAUUUAGGGCAUAAAGCACUUGGACAGGCAUUAUUCGAUGAAGUAUGCCGUCAUUUAAAUUUACUGGAAUGUGAUUAUUUCAGUCUUGAAUUUACCGACUGCUACGGCAAUCGUUGUUGGUUAGACAAAGAUAAGCCUAUCUUACGACAAAUUACCACAACUCGUAGCGAUGCUCGUUUCUAUUUCAUCGUUAAAUUUUACACACCAAAUCCAGCGGAUCUCGUUGAAGAAUAUACGAGGUAUUUAUUUGCCUUACAAAUUAAACGCGAUCUUGCAAUGGGUGAAUUAUUAUGUAAUGAGAAUACGGCUGCCCUUCUGGCUUCAUAUAUUGUCCAGUCGGAUUGUGGUGAUUUUGCAGCUGAAGACUAUCCGGAUGAUAGUUAUUUGUCAAGUGCACGAUUUAUGCCAAACCAAAGUACCGAAUUCCAGCGAAAAGUUAUGGAAAAUCAUAUGAAAUUGAUUGGUAUGAGUCCCGGUGAAAGUGAUUUGACUCUUCUUGAAACGGCACGACGUUGUGAUUAUUAUGGUGUGAAGUUGCAUGCUGCUAAAGAUGUGGAAGGCACCGAAAUAAGCCUAACAAUAGCUCAUAUGGGUAUUCGUGUAUUUCAUCAGCUUCAAUGUGUUUCUACAUUUUCUUGGGCUAAAAUCCGGAAGCUAUCAUUUAAACGUCGCAAAUUGCUGAUAAAGCUACAUCCAGAAAGUCACCAAUAUUAUAAAGAAACGAUUGAAUUUUUAUUUGAAAGUAGAAAUGAGUGCAAAAAUUUCUGGAAGAAAUGCGUUGAACAUCAUACAUUCUUUCGUUGUAUUGAAGUAUUACCAAUGAAAAAAGCUCGCGAAGGUCGUUUUUUCAGUAAAGGCUCCGCUUUUAGAUAUCAAGGUAGAACUCAAAAGCAAUUAAUUGAUUAUAUUCGAGAACAUAGAAAACGACGUGAACCAUUUACUAGGCCAAUUAAGUCAGGCCUUUCCUCAUCAUCUAAUGGUCGACUAUCACGACCAGCAUUCUUUGACAUCAAUCAUCCUGCUUAUGCAACAGUGAGCGAAAGGUCAGUGAAUCUGAUUGGUUCUGGAACGUUACCUUCUCGAAAUGUGCCAGUUUAUUGCAUGAAUGGAGAACGAUCGAUGAAUCAUGGUACACAUAUAAAUAGUCAGAGUCGUGGUCAAGGUGUAAGUCACCAACCAAUGAGAACAGGUACGAUGAGUUACUUCCCCGGUGAGAUAACUCUGAGUAGCUAUGGUACCACUACCAAUACUCGUAAUCAUCGCCAUCGAAAUUCGCAGAACUAUCCGAAUAACAGUAAUGCUGCGGCGGUGAAUGGUGAACGAAUGUGUCUGAGUGAUAUGGAAAGUAAUGAUGUAUGUUCAUUGGCUGGUGGUGGUAGUACGAUGAAUUCGCGGUAUAGACAGCAGCAUUCUGAUUUUAAACCCAUUAUUAAAUCUGUAAAAGCAGGAGCAAUAGCAGCAACUGAUAAUACUAAUAUUGGUGAUACAUCAGAUAAUGAUGCUAUCACAUCUGUAUCGUUGCCAAAUGUACUCGGUGAUGAUGAUGUACAAAUUGUUUGUCGUGAAUUUGAUCUUAAAUGUGAAUGUCCACCUAAAUCUGCAUCUGGUGACAAUUUCCUAGAACUGCAUCAAUCAUCACGUGAUGAUGAUAACAUCAGUGAAGGCUCCUAUAAAUUAUCCGAUAAUGAACUACGAUCAGCACAUUCCGAUAUUCAACCUGUCCCAAUGAAUUCUGUUUAUGCUACCACUUUCACGGCUAAACGUGUUGGUAAUGUGAUUGUUAAGAAAGUUGUUUCAAAUGCUCGUUCUACACCUAACAAUACCGAUGAUGAAGAUCCAUAUGCCGAAAGGCGAUUAGAUAGUGGUAGAAGGAAAAUGGAGACAGGACGAUUGGAUAAUACUAGAAAAUGGAAAAAGGAAAAUGGAGAUAUAAAACGAGAAAUUUCAAGACAGGUUUAUCGGCAAGAACCUUCUAAAAACAGUCAGAUUGAAAGUGAUUCGCAACGACGACUCUACACUGAAAGGAAGCAUCCAUCGUCGGCUCCAGCUUCAUACGCAGAAUAUCCGUCACAUCAAAAAUUAGUACCAAUCGAGAUUGAUGGUCCAAAUGUCGAUUUGGAUGAGCAUAGGAAACUGAAUAAUAGGAAGGAAAUUAAUAGGGUGUCAAAGAUACAUGGUGCCACUACAUCACAGAUUCCAAUUCGUGCACCUAUUGCAAAAGAUGAAUCAGAUCAUUGGCCAAUAAACAUUGAAUCUCAACCUUCUGCCUUACGUACCAAGGUAGUGCAACCAAAUCAUUCGAAAAUUGUAUAUACAUCUAAAGGCACCAUCUUACAGAGGCCAAAAAUAAUCCCAGAUGAAGAUGACAAAAGCGCUAGUGAGAACAUUUGCAGUGAUGUUAGUUUAACUCAUACCUCAGAUACUGGUCAAACUGAUAUGAUAAUGGCUCAAUCCCAAAAAGCUUCUAAAACUUAUGGUGCGAUUGGACCUUUGCCAGGUAAAGUUAUAACUAAGGAAAAUUUGGUAAUCACACCAGAAGGUUAUCGAGAACGAAAACCGAAACCGGCGGUGCCUCCGAAGCCAAACAAUCUUGCUUGCACUUCAGAAACCAAAUUUACAGAAUCAGGUUCAGUCUUAGGUGUACCGGAAGCAAAAUCAAGUCAUCCAGUAAUAAAUCUUCAAAAAGAAGGAACUCUUUCAUCUUGUACAAUACCAUCAAGCUCGUGUGAAUUGAAUCGUCCAACAUUGAUUUCGGUGCAAAGUGAAGAUUAUCCCGAAAUUCAGAAAUGCCAUCUCUUCAACAGCGAUAUUCCAUAUGUACUUACAAUGCGUAAUAUAUCUACUGAAGCUGAAGGCUCAUUUUCAACUUUUAAAGAUACUAGUAGUAAGAGUACGAUUUCAGAAGCUUUGGCUAGCACUAUUGAGAAAGGCAGUUUGCAGAGGUCAUUAUCAGGCUCACGUAGUCCGGAUAGCUUGAGGAGAAGAUCCCUCGAUUUGGUACCCAAAAAACGACUGCCUUCACCAGGUAAUUUCUCUUCUCAAGAUCAUUCUUUAUCAUCUUCUACACCGGAAUCUGGUGAUGUCUUGGAAUAUUUGCUACGAAGACGAAAUGUUGAGAAGUCUGCAAUUGCAAAACGUGGACGUCGCAGCGAUCCACGUCGACAAACUCAACCUGUUCGUUUUAACAUUCCACUCAGUGGGGAAAAUGAACGACAACAGAUUGGUGCAAUAUCACAACCUAAUUUAAAUGAUAACGAUGAGGAAAUGAUAUGUAUUAUGGAAAAUGAUGAAAGGCAUGAACGAAUGGAGAAAGAUUUGAAAGAGAAUGACCGAAUCUACACAAAUGUAAAUAUCGUUUCUGAUUUUAAAACUGAAAUAGAACAAUCUUUGAAAACUCAGAAGGAGAAUGAGGGACAUUCAGGAAAUAACGGAAUAGCUAUCAUUGGAAAUGAACUGAUGAAUUCAAUCAAUGCGGAUGAUUUUCCACCACCACCACCGCCACCUCUUCCUCCACCAUUACCGAUUGUUAUGAAGCAAUCGGCAAAUUCGUUAGUACCACACUCAAUCAUCGAAGGAAGCAUGCAAGAAAAUAUGGAAACAUUACCAUAUGCCGAUGAAUCAACCUCUUCUCGAGCAUCUUGCGCUUCCAAGGAUGAAAUUACCGAUAAAAUUUCAUCAGCACAAUCAUCAACUCUAAAAACACCUACCGGUAUCCUAUGGACUGAUUUUUAG